UUCAGGAUCUUUUUUUUUGCGGACUAUGGACAUAAUUUGUUACCUGCUUGUUAUAGUUUUAAUAAACAUUCAGGCUUGUGAAACUUUUUCUCAGUGUUUACGCGGGUGCAGCUGUGUAGAAGACCGACAUGGAAGGUCAUUAAUAUGUAUGGAGGAGAGCGCAUUUGGGGCUAUACCACAGGACCUUCCACAUGAGUUGACAAAAAUACGAAUUGAAAAGUCUCAGUUUACUGAAAUACCCAGAGGGGCUUUCUCAAAAACAUUGACAUUGGAGAACUUGUGGUUGAACUUUAAUGAAAUCACACUGAUAAACUCAAAGGGUCUGGAGGGUUUGAGGAACUUAACCGAGCUCCGUUUGCAAGGCAAUAAGCUACGUUCAGUACCAUGGACAGCAUUCGAGGACACGCCGGCUCUCAAGAUCCUGGAUCUGAAGCACAACCAGCUGGACGUCUUACCGGAGCAUGCGUUAAGGUUUUUGCCAGGUCUGACUUACUUAGACUUAUCCUUCAAUCGUCUUACGGUGAUAUCGAAGGAGGUCUUCCAAAACUGGCCUCUCUACCAAAAAUUACAGAACAUGGAGGAGCGGGAGGCGACAAUAUCUGGGCCGAACGUCGUCCUGGCACUCCACGACAACGCCUGGCUCUGCGAUUGUCGCCUAAAGGGAUUUGUGGAGUUCAUCAGGUCUCUGAGCCCUCCGAUUAUAUUGAUGAACUCCUACUUGACCUGCUCAGGGCCGGACUUUAGGGCGGGCAAGUUCUUCCAUGAGAUAGAGCUACAGGCAUGCAUGAAACCCGAAGUCAGCACCCCAUCAGCCAACAUCAGCCUGCCACAGGGCGCCAACGUCACCCUGCGAUGUAUCGCCAAAGCAAGGCCAGACCCUUCAGUGUGGUGGACAUAUGGUCUGAAGAUAAUCAGAGGAUUUCAUGAAUCUCAAGAAAGAGCUGAUGAUGACACCAUCAGUUCCCUCCUGGUGAUCCCCUCUCUCCAUGCAGCUGAUCAUGGUGUCUACACCUGCACCGCUGUCAACUUCAUUGGAAACUCCUCUGUCAGCAUCUUUCUAGAGGUGCGGUCUGGAGGAAGCUCCCAGUCUUCACUCCUCCCAGCUGUACCGCGGGCUGGUGAUGAAAAUGUCUACAUCGACAUCCGCAUCGCCAAGCAAACAAUACGGGGUAUCUCCAUUGAGUGGUUUGCUGCCCUAGAACGUCCCACUGAAACCUGGUUCACGAUCCACUUUGGUCGUGCAGAUGCUGAUAAAAAAGAAAUAAUCUACAUUGGACCUGGGAUUAAUUCUUACUCCAUCUCUGACCUGAUGCCUGCAACUAAAUAUGAAAUCUGUGUAACCCUCAAGAAUCACGCACCACGCCCAGAACAGUGCGUCAUUUUUGUAACAGGAAGUGACAUCACUGAGAUGGAACAGAGGGAGAAGCUGAUACAUAUAGUGGUGAUAGUUUUAGCCAUGGUGCUGGCAGUGCCUAUAGGUAUGUAUGCAUGCACCACUGACACCAGGUUGGCCUGUUUGGACGGUAUAAUGGAGAGCUGGAAGAACCGAAGGAGAGACAGAGGCUCAGCAGGAGGCAUGGAAAGGGAGAGGCAGGGUACCUUCGACAGUCUGCAGGCCGCCAGUGAUGAGGGCCUGGUUAAUAAAGAUUCCAGUGAAGACAGGAAGGUGAGGAGGAGGUCAGAUGACAGACUGAAUAAGGCCAAAGCUGACCACAGCAGACUCACAGCUGAACUAUAUUAA